CAGAGGGGCGGCACAUCACAAAUCGAGGAAUGUUCCUGCAGCUGAAGGCACUCAUUGAGGGCGUAUAUCUCGGGUACUACAUGAUCGACAAGCUCAAGCUUGAGUCCCUUGGAGAAGAGAGAAUCGACGAUGACGAGGUGUCAACCUGUGCAAACAGAUAGAGAGGCUGUCCUGGCAAAAAAAAACUAGAGAGGCCGGGUGCUGCAGAAGAUACAUGACGGGAGGGUUCAGCUCAGCUCAGCAUGGAAGUUCUGAUUUCUGCAGUCGCAGGUGAUCUUAUCAGCCGGUUCAUCUCUUUCCUGGCACAAAGUUAUGGCAGUCAAACUUGUGAAGAGGAUGAUCGUAGAAGGCUGGAGCGCUUGUUGCUAAGGAUACAAACAGUGGUUGAGGAAGCAGAGGGGCGGCACAUCACAAACCAAGGAAUGUUCCUGCAGCUGAAGACACUCAUCGAGGGCAUAUAUCUCGGGUACUACAUGCUCGACAGGCUCAGACUUGAGUCCCUUCGAGAAGAGAGCAUCGACGACGAUCAGGUGAGUCGUCAGAGCCAAUCCUUCACCGUUUCUACUUUUAACACUGCCAAGCGCCGUUGUUUUCAUGCUGCCGGAACAAAGAGCACGAGAAAGUUGAAAGGUGUUCUUGAGUGUUUAGAGACUAAGAUCACAGACAUGAGAGAGUUUGUCAUGCUCCUCGGCAACUGCCCUCGCCUGCCUCAUCAGCCUUACAGUACAUAUAUGUACAUCGAUAAAUGUAUGUUUGGCCGCCACAUUGAGAAAGAGCAACUCAUCAACUUCUUGCUAUAUGACAGUCACGAUUUCACAGAUUUAAGCAUCCUUCCGAUCAUCGGCCCGCACCAAAUUGGGAAGAAAACUCUGGUGCAACAUGUUUGCAAGGACAAGAGGGUGCACGAUCAUUUCUCCCACAUGUUUUUCUUUAGAGGUGAGGAUCUACGGAAAGGAGAGUUCUUGGUGAACGGCAAGGCAGCCUCAGGGAAAUACUUGUUUGUUGUUGAUUUCAGUCGGGAUGUGGAUGAGGCAGCAUGGACAAAGUUCCGAUCAUACUUGAAGGUGCCAAGUACUGGGACUAAAAUUGUAUUGAUAGGCAGGGCAGAGCAAGUUGCCAACUUAGGGACUGCUCGACCCAUCAGGCUGAAGUGUUUGUCUCAAGAAGAAUACUGGUACUACUUCAAGGCACUUUCCUUUGGAAGCAUGGACCCUGAUGAGCAUCCAAAGCUGGUAUCCCUCGGUAUGCAGCUGGCCACUGAACUUAAUGGAUCUCUUCUUGCUGCAAAUGUACUUGGCCAGGCACUGAGAGCUAACCCUAACGCUCCAUUCUGGCAAAAGGUAUUAUUGAGCAUGAAAGAACUCGUGCGCGUGCACAUGUUCGCCUUCGGCAUACACCUGGAGUUCCUUCUCGAGAGAAAUUCUCCUGUUAAUUUCACUAAACUGGCCUUGGUGGGCGGCCGAUCUCAAGGAUAUCUGGUGUAUCAAGUGGCGGACCUCGAGAAUUUUGUCAUUGGGUUCACUUCAUUGUGAAACUAGGUUCCAGCUAGUCACAAACAGUAAACAUUUGCGAUAUCCCCUCUUCAGAGAAGCUUGAGGUGCCGUAGCGUCAGCAAGAAGAAUUGUUUCACUUUACAUAUAUGCCUGUAUAUGCACUUGUUAGAUAGAUUGGGGAUAUGUAAAAUGCAGUCAGUUUCUAUCUGCUGCUUUGAGCUGUGUGUGCCAUGAACAGGUAGUUCAAAACGUCUGACUAACUGCCUGUGGUGUGGCCAAUUCUUUCAAUUAAACCAGCUCAGCCAAGACGUGUUGAUGGAGUAAAAUUAGUUUCAAAGUCACACAUGGAAGUUAGUAAGUAGCCUUCUUUGACUCGACUUUCAGCAUAGAAAUCCUAUGUUGUUUUCCACAUAAUAAUUAAGGGCUAUAUAUAUGUGCAAAUUGCUUGCUUUCUUGA